AUGGUUCAGAUGUACGGGCUUGUUUUGAUACCAAAUGAUGCCGUCGCCGCCGUUGGAGCAUCCGUCGCCGGAGAUCAACCUCAUUUCACUUCGCCGUUGUCAGCACGUUGUGAAGAGAUCGGAGUCUGCGACGAAGGCUUCGAUCUGAAAUUCCUCCGAUUAGUGUUGUUUCUCCAACGAUUUGGUGUGGCCGAUGGUUUACGAGGUAGAUGUGCUAUGAACAAUUCUCCGACGAUUUGCUGCGAACAUCACUGCUUGCGGCUCUGCUUGAUUUUUUCCAUGGUUUUGAUUGUUGAUGGAUUUGACGGGUGGUGGUGUGUGCGCCUGUGCGGUGGUGUUGCUGAUGGUAUUGUUAGUGGCUUUGGUGGUGGUGGUGGCCCUGACAUUAGCUGUGUACGAUGGUGGUGGUGGUUGUUGGCAGUGGUGAUUUUGGGUGGAAACGGUGGUGAGAUUGUGCAUAGGUAUUGUUAUUGUAUUUGGUGGUGGCGGUUAUUGUGGUUUUUGACGGCGGUGGAGGUGGUGGUUGAUGGUUGGAGAGCUGGUAAACCUGGUAGUGGCGAUGGUGAUCAUAGUGAUGGAGUGAGAGUGGUGGUGACAGUAGAGGUGGUGGUGGUUACAAGCAAUGAGACCAGCAUUGUUGCACGAUGUAGGAGAACAUAUGCCCAUGCGCAUGACUACCAUAUCAAUUCUAUUUCAACUAACAGUGAUGGUGAAACAUUUAUAUCUGCUGAUGAUCUGCGAAUAAAUCUUUGGAACUUGGAAGUAAGCAAUCAAAGUUUCAACAUCAUUGAUGUGAAGCCAGCAAAUAUGGAAGAUUUAACUGAGGUGAUAACAUCAGCAGAGUUUCAUCCUACUCACUGUAACAUGUUAGCAUAUAGUAGUUCAAAAGGAUCAGUUCGUCUCGUUGAUUUGCGCCAAUCAGCCUUAUGUGAUUCACAUUCUAAACUCUUUGAGGAACAGGAGGCACCUGGUUCAAGGUCAUUUUUCACUGAAAUAAUAGCUUCAAUUUCUGAUAUUAAGUUUGCAAGGGAUGGAAGAUAUAUACUGAGUCGUGAUUACAUGACCCUCAAGUUGUGGGAUAUUAAUAUGGAUUCUGGACCUGUGUCGACCUUCCAGGUUCAUGAAUAUUUAAGACCAAAGCUGUGUGAUUUGUAUGAAAAUGAUUCCAUUUUUGAUAAAUUUGAAUGUUGCCUGAGUGGUGAUGGUCUUCGAGUAGCGACUGGUUCUUACAGCAAUCUUUUCCGCGUAUUUGGAUGUGCAGCAAGCAGUACUGAAGCAACUACUCUGGAAGCUAGCAAAAAUCCAAUGAGAAGACAAGUCCAGACCCCUCCAAGGACAACUUCCAGAUCCUUGAGCAGUAGUAUUUCUCGUGUUGUGAAGCGAGGUUCUGAAAGCCCAGGUGUUGAUGCCAAUGGGAAUUCAUUUGAUUUCACUACCAAGCUACUCCACUUGGCAUGGCACCCAACUGAAAACUCAGUUGCCUGUGCUGCUGCAAAUAGCUUGUACAUGUAUUAUGCAUAAGAGGUCAUUACUGGAGCUAGAUCACAAUUUUUGGUUGCCAUUCAAGAAUGCCUCUAUCCUCAGCAAACCGAGGCUCAACUAUUUCACAGUCAAGUGUCUCAUAAAUCUGUAGAAAUUGCAGUCAUGGUAUUCACAACAGAGCUACCUGUUGAUGCUUCCUUCCGUCCCUUCUUUGCUAUCUCUGCUUCCCCUUAAAUUUCUUUUAUUUUUUACGUCUCCCCUUGAAAGGGGAGAUGUGGUUCUGUUCUUACAUGUUGGGUUGAAGUCAGGAAAGAAUGUGAUUGUAGCUCUCCUACAAACAAGAACUAUAGGAUGUCCUAUUUUAUCCUAGUUUUAAGGUAAAUGUAGUUUUACUUGAAACCUUCCCGCAAAGGGGCUACUGCUAAACUUGCAGGGCGUUAAGUUUUAUUCCGUUUUUCUUUGGUAGCGUAGUACUUAUUCUCAUUGUACAAUACCUGCUUUUAAUAUAGGUUGCUGUUAAUUGUUUAUUUUCGUUAA